AUGGAAGCCAUGUCGGUGUAUUCGCCGAUCCGUGCUGCCUCGCAGCUCCCCGCCGUUCGAUCCCUUCACGGCGAUGCUCUCGGACAAUCCCUAAGGAGCUCAAAUUCCGUUAGCCUACCAAUCCCCAAGGCUUCUCCAGCCGGUCAGAUCUUGCCAGGAGGCUCUGCUCCGCAGAAGCUUCAGAUCCAGGCCAAGAUCCUGAAGACUAAGAGAGCUCCGAGAGACCCAGACUACCCGUGGCCGGAUAAGUACAAUGUGGAGGAGAAGGGGGCUCUGGCGUUCCUGUCCAAGUUUAAGGACGAAGCCAAGCCCACCAAACCGAUGGCGCUGCCGUUCGAGAAACCGCUGGUCGACCUCGAGAAGAAAAUUGAGGAGGUGCGCCAGCUGGCGGAUAAGACUGGCAUGGACUUCACGGACCAGGUGCAGGAGCUGCAGGACAAGUACGAGCAGCUGAAGCGCGACAUUUACGCGAGAAUAACUCCGGUUCAGCGGCUCAGCGUGGCGCGUCACCCCAACCGCCCCACUUUCUUGGACCAUGUCCUCAACAUGACCGAUAAGUGGGUGGAGCUGCACGGCGACCGCGGCGGCUACGACGACCCGGCGCUGGUGUGCGGCAUCGGGCGCAUGGACGGCAUGAGCUUCAUGUUCAUGGGGCACCAGAAGGGCCGCAACACCAAGGAGAACAUCUACCGCAACUUCGGCAUGCCCACGCCCAACGGGUACCGCAAGGCGCUGCGCAUGAUGCGCCACGCGGACCACCACGGGCUGCCCAUCAUCACAUUCGUUGACACGCCUGGCGCUUACGCUGGCGUCACGGCGGAGGAGCUCGGACAGGGCGAGGCUAUCGCGCACAACCUGAGGGAGAUGUUUGGACUCAAGGUGCCGUCAGUCAGUGUGGUGAUUGGGGAGGGCGGCUCUGGUGGCGCUCUCGCUAUUGGCUGCUGCAACAAGAUGCUCAUGCUCGAGAACGCAGUGUACUUCGUUGCCAGCCCUGAGGCGUGUGCGGCCAUCCUCUGGAAGACUGCCGCUGCCGCUCCCAAGGCCACGGAGGCGCUGCGCAUCACAGCGGAUCAGCUGCUGCAGCUGGGCGUGGUAGACGAGAUCAUCCAGGAACCCCUUGGUGGCGCACACAACGAUCACAUGGCCACGUCGAUGGCCAUCAAGGCCUCCAUCAUGGCGCACAUGAAGGACCUUGUGAAGAAGGACGAGCAGCGAAUCAUCUGUGAGCGCGUGAACAAGUUCCGACAGAUGGGCGGCUUCACGGUGCCGCCCAAGGUGGACCCCGCCAAGCAGCGCGCUCUCAAGAAGCGCGACCGCCCCGCCGGCCAGAGCAUCCCUGCCUCUCCGUCCAACCGCUCCUUGCCUGCCUCGGGAUCCCAGCCUGCUGCCGCGCCUUCUGACAAUGGCAAUGGUGCCACGUAUCCUUCGUCUGUUAUGGUGACUGAGGAGCGUGGUAAGAAGCAGCAGCCAUCGUUUGUAGAAACGGAUGAAGAGCAGCGCGAACAUGGCAGCGAGCAGCAGGAGAGGGACAAUCAAGAGAGGGAGCAGCAGGAGAGGGACAAUCAAGAGAGGGAGCAGCAGGAGAGAGAGCAACACAAGAAACGGUCUAAUGACAGCGAGAGAAGGGUGGACGGUCUGGAGAAGAGAACUAUCAGGCAGGAAGGGAAGGAGUGGGAAGGGGAGGAAGAGGCGACUGGAGCAGCGAGACACAGGACUCGUCUGUGUGCUGUUCGCUGGGACAGGCAACCAGCCAAUGAGCGUGUGACAGGUGGCGAGUGCUCGCAAGACGCUGCGGUCUUUGUUUCUGCAUCAGGCCGACUCCUGCAGUGGAACAUUGCCCCUGCUGCUGCUGGACAGCAGCGUUCUCUGUGGGCCUCCGCCAUUGCCUCGCACUCUCAGGUGAUUUCUCAGGUGGUGGCCGCUGUGAGUGUGCUGCUGCUAUCCCCUCCUCCCCUCGCUUCUGCUUGGACGUCCGCUACAGAUGACUCAUUACGAGCAACAGCGGUGGCUUGUGGAGGGAGACACAGCCUCGUUCUGGCAGGUGGGCAGAGGUGGGGGGGGAAGGGGGGGUUGUUGUGGGCGUGGGGCGAGGGGGGUGAGGGGCAGCUGGGGGUUGGCAGGCGGGUGGGGAAGGUGACAGUGCCGGUGUGCGUGAUGCUGCCCGCCCCUCUUACAGCGUCCGCUACAGAUGACUCAUUACGAGCAACAGCGGUGGCUUGUGGAGGGAGACACAGCCUCGUUCUGGCAGAGGAUGGCUCUCUCUUUUCCUUUGGAUGGGGCCAGUAUGGACAGUGUGGCCACGGAACGUCAGACGACCAUCUCUCCCCCAACCGCCUCGCCUCCUUUGCCGGCCUCUCAAUAACAGUCAUCGCUGCUGGUCUCUGGCACUCCCUCGCCCUCGCCCUCCCAGCCGGUUCGAUCAACAGACGUGGUGCUGGUACUGGUGGCGGUGGAGGUGGCGGUGGCGGUGCUGACGUGGAUGUGGGCGAUGCUGACGUGGAGCUGGACGGGGGUGAUGUGUACAGCUGGGGAGGCAAUCAGUCUGGCCAGCUGGGGACUGGAGACACGGCUGCUAAGGUGUUUCCAACGCUACUAGAUUGCCCGGAUCUAGACACCCGUUCAGUGAAAGCCAUCUCCUGUGGAGCGCGCCACUCAGCUGCUGUCACCACCGACGGCGCUCUUUUCAUCUGGGGCUCCAACAAGUUUGGGCAGUUGGGAGUUGGUCAUACAAACGACACUCACUCCCCUCACAUGGUUGCCAUGAGGGAGUUUCACCAACAACUUUGUGGUGACAAAGCUAGCGUUGCCGCCAUGUUGUUGGUACACGUGGCAGAGAGCGGUAGGUCGUUCGAGCUGCACUGCAGCGCGGACACGCCAGUAGAUUCCGUCUGCGAUACUCUCGCCUCCCUAACCGCCAUACCUCCUCAGGACCAGCUCCUAAUCUGCCGCGACGUGCGCCUCGAGCCCGGACGGCAACUCGGGGCGUAUCAGCUUCCAUAUGCUGACGUGGACAAUAGCAGCCAUGACGCAGCAGGCGCGGUCGACGCGCACUCUCGUUCCCCAUCUCACGGACACUCCCUCCCGGUCUUUCUUUUCAACAAGAUGCGCCUUCUUCCGAAAUCUCUACCCCCCGCGUUAGAAGAAAUCGAGGAGAUAACUGUACCAGAAGUUAUUAUAACGGUGGGUGAACCUGGCGGCGAGCCGUUACAUCCGUUAGACCGGUCGGGUAACCCGCUCCUCCGAGCCAUCCCGUCGUACGAACGACAGUUUCGUCAGGAUCUGUUACAGGCUCAGGCGUAUCUCGCCGCCAGCCAAUCGCGUUUCGACACGUGUCGGCGUCUCCUACAGGAGCAGCACACGCAGGCAGAGGCCAUCCGUUCCGGAUCCGCCAGUAUGGAGGCGAUGGCCCUCCAUAUAGUCACAUCGUUCGCGGAUUUUCAGGCCACGUAUAAGCAGCAGCACAGCCGUCACGAGCUCCUUCUGCGAACCUUCCACAGAAACCUCCGCGCGUUGCAUUCUUGUCGUUUACUGGCGCCCGUCCAGGCGGCAACCGGGUGGCAGAGCCUCGUGCAGCUGGCCAGGGAGCCGCGGCUGCAGCAGGCGUUCUUGGAGUGCCACGUGGCGCACGCUCAGAUGGCCACGAAGGUCGCUGAGCUGGAGCAGCAGUUUCAAGACACGCGGGCGGGAAUCGAGGAGCUGAUAGGCGGUGGCGGGGGAGGGGGAAGCGGAGAAACUGCAGUCCGCGGACCCGCGCAACACCAUGCUGACGUGGACGAUGAGGACGCUGAUGUCAGCCAUUCGAACGAUGACGUGGCGGGCGGCAGAAGCGCGGAGGAGCUGGCAGUAGAUAACAUGCGACUCAGGGCGGAGCUGAUUGCGCUCAGAGUGCUGGGCGCAGCUGGGGGAGGGUUAUCUGGGGCAGGCUCGUCUGGGGGAGGUUUAUCUGGGGUGGGGUGUGCUGCAGUUGAAGGUGCAUGUGGUGGGGAGGGAGGGGGAGGAGGGGGACACGUGGCAGAGGAAUGGCAGCAGUUGGUGCAGGCUCUGCAGCUGAAGGAGCAGGUGGUGCGGCACGUCCAGGUGGCGCUGCGUGAUAGGCAGACGCAGGUGGAGGCGUACGAGCGGCGAAUCAGAGAGCUGGAAGCGAUGCUGGGCGAUAUGAGCCGAGAAACUUCCAGAGAUAUUUCCAGAGAUUUUUCGGGAGAUAUGGGUGGAGACAAGGCCGACGUACGGACGAGUGACACAGCCAUCGAGGAGGAGGGCCAGGAGCGCAGAGAGCACAUGGAGGAGGGGAGGAGCAUGGGGGAGAGAGAAAAUCAGGAGGGAGAGAGUGAGGAGGAGAGGAAGGGAGAAGAGGGAGGGAGGAGAGAGGUGGCAGGUGUGCAAGAGGAGCUGCAAGCAGCAUUGAGUGAGCUGCAGUCAUUGCAAUCGAAGCUUACAGCGACAGAAUCGCAGCUAUCCGCAGCGCAAUCAAAUCUGUCCGCAGGAGAAUCAAAUCUGGCCACCGUCCAAUCGAAGCUCACCGCGGCGGAAGCCAGGCUGGCAGCCGCCGAAUCCCAGCUGGCGGAGGCCCGCGAUGAGUCAGCGCGACUCGAGGCUUUGCUAAGCGAACGCAGCGCUGAGCUGGACGCUCGUACUGUAGAUAUUAAUAAAAUUACUGUAGAUUAUAAUGCCUGUAAAGAGGAUCUGAGUCUGUGUAUAGUGGAGCGUGAGCGAAAUCAGAGCCAGUUAGAGAUGCUGCAGCAGGAGUUGGAUCAGGUGAGUCAGCAGCAGAGGCGUGAGGCUGCCAGGGUGGCGGAUCUCGAAGCUGACGUGGCACAGAAGGAUGCGGAGCUGGCGACGCUGGCCGCUGACCUGGCGGCUGCUGAGGUGGCGGCUGGAAGGCUUGCUGAGCUGGAGGAGAAGGCCGGUGGGCCGGUGCAGCUGCAGCAGCUGGUGAUGGGGAGGUGGGGAGCGGUGGAGAGGAGUGGAGUAGAAGGGGCAAGAUCAGAAACGGGAGGUGCUUGGGAAAGGAAGGAUGGUUCAACAGCUGGUUCGGAAGCUGGUGCGAGAUUGGGUCAGCAGGGCAGUGACGUGGCGAGACACGUGGCAGCAGUGGAGGAGUCCUCUGCCACGUCACCCAGGCAGGGCAGUGACGUGGCAAGACAGGUGGCAGCGUUGGAGGAGGCGCUGCGGAGGAAAACCGCCAUGCUGGCGGAGUGCCAGCUCAACUGCGCCCACCUGGAGAACAGGCUGCACGAGGCUCGGAGCGAGGCUCGGAACGAGGCUCGGCGGAGCGAAGCGAGGUCCGACGCACGGAGUGAGGAGAGGAGCGAUGCAAGUGCGCCUAGAAGCAAUGAGGUUGCAGCAGAGUGGCGCAUUGAGGUAGAAGAGUGGCAGCGCAAGUGCGCGGAUUUAGAGGCUCGGCUGCACGAGGCGAGGAGCGAGGCACAUGCCUUCAAAAGCGUGGAACUAGCAGAGUGGCAGCGCAAGUGCGCGGAUCUAGAGACCCGACUGCACGAGGCGAGGAGCGAGGCGCGCACGAUGCGCUGCGCUGCGGACAGGCGGGCGGCGGAGAGCGGAGGGUUGCGGGCGGCAGCGGUGCGACUGAGAGGGCUCAUGGAGAGGAUCAACCGGUGCCUUCAAGCCAACAGCCUUGGGGGUGUCGUUGAGGGGCUUAGUGGCUUAGCUGACUCCCUUGGAGAGGCUACGGAGCAGAGGGGGAUGCGCACCGCCUGGCUCGGCAGCUGCAGCGCACGUCUGAUGCCCUUGUGGAUAUGUCUUCAAAGCAUGAGCUUGUCAAACAGAUCGCACGUGAGAGGAUAG